CCAAAAAGACAGCCAUAAAUACAGCAAGAAUGGCGAAAUGAAUCCUCAUCUCGUCUGAAAAUCUUCAAUCUCGAUUGCUGCUGAUGAAUGAAUUGAUCUCUCUGGCUUGGCAGUGUUCUUAUAUUGAAGGUUUAAAAAUUCUAGUAAAAUAGCACAAGAAGAGAGUGAUGGGCACAUCAAGUUGCUUUCGAGUUCUAAGUCUGAAAGUAACGUCAUUGACUUUGAACUAAACAACAGGGCAAAUGUAUUCACUUCUGCAGUGAUCUUGGCAAGAUUCAGAGAAAGAACAGUUCAAGAAGAAACAGUCCGUGAUGAUGACCCUUUUGUCUGAACGACAAGUUUCUUGGGACAUAUUGGGUGUUUAUUUGCUCUUCAUGAAGGGGAUAAGCCACAGGAUGACGGACGAGGAGGCGUCUUCUCUGAAAACAUCAAAAGGAGAUCAAGAGACGUCAACGAAAUACCAAGCUCCUCCUCCUCUGCCCUUUCUCCAUUGGCUUCUAUCAAUCAAUAGGAUUAUUUUAGAGGAGCCUGCGACAGUUGGUCUAAAUUCGAAGCACGCUCCAGAAUCCGAUGCAAUUGACGAGAUGAAAGUCAAGGAAUCGGUAACAAUUUUACUUUUUGGAAAUGACGCUUCGCAAUCCGAACCGAUCUCCCCACAGCCCAUCUGCCAAAAAGGAGGGCUAGCAUUCCCAAUGACAAGCGCAGGAAACUGGAAAUAGGUACUGUUAAAGACAAGCACUUUCCACAGCGAACAGACAAGAUAUCACUGUGAAUAGUGAUGUUGGCUGCACAGAUGAUGCAGUAAAGUCGAAUUUACGAAAGGUGAAGUUGUGGGUCUGCUUAAUGAGAGACCAAAAGCUAGCAGGUUUGAUUCCAAGGACCUCAGGCUAAGAUUGAGCAUAUGCCAGGUAUUAUCAAGAGGCCGAAGAAUCGACUUGUGUCAAAUAGUUUCACAGUUCUCUUGCGGGUCGUAGUUUUUAAUUCCUGAUUGUGGUGUUGUCACGGAUUUGUUUCGGCCCUUUUGGAGCCCGUGUCUUGGGCAAUGUGACCUCACUCAUGUUGUCCGAGAAACUUAUUAUUGAGUACUGCCAUAAAUGUUUAAUGUAUUCUUCUCUGGCAUAUUAUGUGUCGUGUUUGUUUCUGGAAGAACAAGCCAUAAACUACGUGUUCUCGGGAA